AUGCCAGCAGCAGACAUCACUCAAGACAACACCGACGCUCGAGUCGACGAAACAACCGCCCUACUUGCUCCGUCUGUCGCCGACCAACCCACUGCUCCCGAGGAUGGCGAUGAUGAGAAUCAAAUCGCCAAUGAUGCCAAUGGCAAGGGGGAAGACAGGCCAUUGCCCAAGGAUCAAAUCUUCCUCCUCUGCUUCGCCCGCCUGAUCGAACCCGUUGCGUUCUUCUGCAUCUUCCCUUUCGUCAAUCAGAUGAUAUGGGAGACUGGGGAAGUGGCGGAGACGGAUGUUGGUUUCUACAGCGGAUUGAUCGAGUCGUUGUUUUCACUGACGCAAAUGAUGCUCAUGAUUCCCUGGGGCAAAGCCGCCGACCACUUUGGAAGGAAACCCGUCCUGGUCGGCUCGUUGGCCGGCGAAUCGGUGGCAAUCGCCAUCUUCGGAAUGAGCAAGAAAAUAUGGCAGAUGAUCCUGUUCCGAUGCUUCGCUGGAGUCUUUGCCGGGACGAUUGUGACUAUCCGGACGAUGAUUACCGAGAACAGCACGCACAAGAACCAGGCCAGAGCAUUCAGCUUCUUUGCCUUCACGGGUAAUCUGGGUAUCUUCCUAGGGCCCUUGCUCGGAGGCGCGCUCGCAAACCCAGCGACGGAAUACCCGUCUGUGUUUGGACAUGUCAAGCUCUUCCGCGAGUACCCAUAUGCGCUGCCUACAUUCGUGACUGGCUCGAUCGGUCUGAUGGCGACCAUCACCACUGCGAUCGGUGUCAAAGAAACACUCGUGCGCUCUCCCAAGAAAUCGUCCACCGACUCUCGAAAGGAGAUGUCCAUCCUCGCCCUCCUCCGCUCCCCUAACGUCCCGAUCACUCUAUAUAUCUACGCGCACAUCAUGCUCCUGGCCUUCUCCUACACGGCGAUCGCGCCGGUGUUUUUCUUCACCCCGGUCCACCUGGGCGGCUUCGGGUUCUCGCCCUUCCAAAUCUCGCUCUUCAUGGGACUGGGCGGCCUCUCGCAAUCGCUGUGGCUGCUCGUGGCCUUCCCCUGGCUCCAAGGCCGGUGGGGCACCAAGCGCGUCAUGGUCCUCUGCGCCGUCGCCUACCCGUUCUUCUUCGCCCUAUUGCCGCUCUGCAACCUGCUCCUGCGGUACCACGUGACUGCGGCCUUCUGGACCAUCGCCCCGAUCUGCCUGAGCGUGGGAAGCGGCGUCUCCAUGUCCUUCACCGCCAUCCAGCUGGUGCUGAACGACGUCUCCCCCGGGCCCGAGGUGCUCGGCACUCUGAACGCCGUGGCCCUGACCCUCGUGAGCGGCAUCCGGGCUUUCUCGCCCGCCCUGUUCGCCAGCCUCUUCGCGACUAGCGUGCGGAGCCGCGUGCUCGGCGGGCAUGUGAUUUGGAUCUUGAUGGUCGCCUUAGCCCUGGGUUUCACGGUCGUCAGCCGCUGGAUCCCCGAGCCCGGGAAAGAAAAGGACCUGCAGCGGAAGCAUGUUGAUGUUGGUGCGAAUGGAGCGGGCGAUGGGGUCGUCAAUGGAGAAGCGGAAGAGUGA